AUGAAAGGAGGGAUGCUUGUGAACGAUGAAUUUAUUCACGGAGAAGAGAAGAAGCUGACAGUUCGGAAAACUUCCCUCUUUUUCUCCGGAGAUGGUUUCACGGUUUACGACUGCAAGGGCUGUUUGGUCUUUCGCGUGGACUCUUACGGUGGUCCCAACAACCGCGACACAGACGAGCUUGUCCUCAUGGACGCCCAUGGUCGCUGUCUCCUCACCCUCCGACGAAAGAGGCCGAGUUUGCGACGGAGAUGGGAGGGGUAUCUCGGGGAGAGAACAGACGGUCAGAAACCAAUCUUCGGUGUGAGGAGAUCCUCGAUAAUCGGGAGGAACAGCGUUACGGUGGAGGUUUACGCGGAUUACGAGUGCAGCGAGUACUUGAUCGAAGGUAAUUUCGGGCAGAGAAGCUGCACGGUGGUGGAGGCGGAGACGAGGCGGAAGGUGGCGGAGAUACGUCGUAAAGUGGAUGCGUCAACGAACGUGAUGCUUGGGAAAGACGUUUUCUCGUUGAACGUGAAGGCCGGGUUCGAUGGAGCCUUUGCCAUGGGAUUGGUCCUUGUGCUUGAUCAGAUCUACGGUGACGAUUACGUUGACGUUGGUGAACUACAGGUGCACCCUUCCGCACUAGAUCUUUGA